AAUAUGACUACUGCUGCAUAUGCGUAUGAAGCUGACAGAGCUAAACGUUUAUAUUUUGGUCAAUACUCUCUCACACUUACUGACAAAUAUAUUGUUAUUUCUGAUGGAAAUACUGAGAAAUAUAUAACAUGGAAGGACUAUGAAAAGUUUGACCCUAUUUUAACUCCAUGUACUAUGCCAUUCAUUGUAAAUGGUGAAGUUGUCAUGAAGAACGACACAACGGUUUAUAGGUCUGUUUAUGAAGCAUUAGAAUAUAUGUUGAAUUAUAAUCCCGAAAGAUUUGACCCAAGCACUACACCAUGUACAAUGCCCUUUAUUAAGGACGGUGAAAUCGUAAGAGUUCCGAAUUCAACGGUUUAUACAGCUGUUCAAAACAGUUUACAAAACAUUUUAGCGAAUAUCUUUAAUUCAGAAACUACAGAAAUAAAAUUACCGUAUAUAACAGAUGCUAAAGAAAUUAAAUCAAAAACAACAAUAUUAUUUACGUCACUUAAUGAUUUAAUGACUUAUAUAAUUAAUACUCCUUCACCGACUACGGCAUUUGACCCAAACACGACGGUUUGCAGUGUACCUUUCAUUAACGACAGUUCAGUAAUUGCUUUAAGGGAUUCAACAGUUAAUGAAUCAUUAAAGGCUUCAUUAAUGAAAAUCAUUGAUUUUAACUCAUUCAUGAAUACAUAUAAUUCAUUCAUUAAUGUUUCAUACACUUCUAAAGAAGGUGAGCCAAAAACUAUCGAUAAAGCGGUGUAUGAAAUAAAAGCAUCAAUGACGAAAUUUAAUUCGUUAACUUUUGAUGGUGAUAGUUCCAUUAACAGCAUGACAUCAGGAAAAACGAUUUUAACGAAAGAAUAUUUAAAAUCUCAUGUUAGUGAGUUCGUUGAAAUUGAAAAAGAAGGCGGAAUUAAGUUCGAUCCACUGGGUUUCAUUUUCGACUUAGCGAAUGCGGGUGUUAGUUUCGCUGAAUGGACAACUAUACAGAGUGAAAUAAAUGCAAUAUGGACGUUUUUGGGGUCAAAAGCGGGAAUGGGUGAGCUUGUAGAUGCUGCAAGAACAUUAGGUGAAACGGGAAAUUUUGUAGAUGGUUUUAAAAGACUUGUUUCAAAUGUUUUAACAAACACAAAGAAAUUAUUUAGAUAUACCAUACAUAACGGCCAGAUUUUCGAACAGGUAGCAACAAACCCUCCGGUUAUGGCUGCGUUGAUGAUGGCUAGAGACAUAAAGCCGCGUAGCGGUGAGGGCGAAGCCCGCGAAGAAGAGGAGAAACCAGAGGAUACGGGUCAGGUUAUUCGAGACAUUAAAAACGUGUAUCCUGAAGUUAUUGAUUUAUUUAGAGGUGUUAAUGAUUCGAUUUCAAAUCAUUCUAUAACCCUUGAUGAAGAGAAUAAAUUAACAGAUUAUAUAUUCGUCAUUAUUGCAGAACUAAUGAAGAGAAUAAAUGAAAAAGGUAUAGCUGAUAUCAUUAAUGUAAGUGAUGUAAUGAUGAAAAGAAAUUUUGACUCAUUAUUUACAGAACCGAAAACAGAAUAUAGUCUUUAUGACGUAAUUACUGAAUUAAUGAAAAAGAUUAAUGAUAAUAAGAGUUCUGGCGGAAGAGUUGAAUUAGAGGUGAAUGAUGUUAAUGAGAAAUUAGAUAGUAAGGCAGAUAAAAACCAUGUUCAUUAUAUAAGUUCAGAUGAACAGAUUAUAACGGAUUAUCAUGGAUAUUUAACACAGGAUGAAAAAGUGAAGACGGAAGAUGUUAAUGAAAGAAGAUAUAAAUUCAUUCGUGCUAAAGGUUAUGACAUACGCUGUACUGUACAGUAUGACACGGGUAAAGCACCAGAAGCAUUUGGUUAUAACAAUGAAAUAUAUGCUUCGUAUUUCUUUGUUAACGGUGUAUUAGUUGAACCAAGAUUUACUUUGAGAGUUAAGGCAAAAAUAACCGUUGAAGAUGCUAUUAAAAGUAAAGCUGACAAAGAUGAACUUGACGCAACGAACAAAGUUUUGAAAUCUCAUAAACACAAUAUCUCCGAUAUAAAUGAACUUCAAGCUACAUUAAAUAGUAAAGCUGACAAGAACCAUACACAUGAAUCCUUCACUACUGUUAGAGCAGACGACAUAAUAUUGAACUAUACCCUUGGUUCAAGUGCACCUUUAGAGAAUCCAAGUACAAGCGUAAAAGAUACACUAAACUCCUUAAAUAACAAAUGUAUGAACAUUGAAGGACAUGUCAGAAACUUUGAAACAUAUGAACUACCAGCAAUGUUAGAUAAGAAAGCAGAUAAAGAACAUACACAUAACUCCUUCUCAACUGUUGCUAUAGAAAGUAUUGAAGGAACGGUUGGCGGAACUGGUGGGGAUGCAUUAUAUUAUAAACUUCCUAACUUUCCACAAGGUUUAACAUCGAAUGAAAACAUAACAACGAAGAAAGACAUUAGCUGUAAAAAUGUUUAUGUCAUGGAUGAUGAAAAUAAUGUUAAAUUCACUGCUCAAGAUUUAUAUGAUAAGAAAGCUGACAAAACAGAGCUUCAAACAUUAAAGACUGAAAUACUUCAAACAUUAUAUCCUAUAGGCUCUUUUUAUACGUCAAUGAACUCAACAAAUCCAGCAAGUGUUUUAGGUUUUGGUACGUGGCAGCAGAUUGUAGACAAAUUCUUAUACUGUGCUAACUCUUCAAAGCAAACAGGAGGCUCAAAGAAAAUUAAAGAAGCAAACUUACCUGCGCACACUCAUACAGGAACGACAAACUUUUCUGGCGACCAUAGCCACUCAUUAAGAGACCACCCAUUAUACAACUCAGACUAUGAAGCUGGCAAUGACGUUUUAUCUCCAUCUUAUAACAAUUCAGCAAAAAAGACUUUUCGACCAACUGAACCAGGAGGAAAUCAUUCACACACUUUCACAACAAAUCCAACAGGAAGUGGAGCAGACUAUAUGCCACCGUAUAUUACAGUUUAUGCAUGGUACCGUCUUGAAUAA